AUGUUUACCACGCUUGAGUUGCCCGGCAUGAGACGGGCCGUGGCCGGUGGACAGAAGGACGCACGUGACCCCCUGAUUCCGCCCGAUCUGCCCAAGAAAAUCCUCUCGAGGUACACAGCCAAGUCGAGGCUGGGGUGUCUCACUUGCAAAGCUCGAAAGAAGAAGUGUGACGAGACCAGACCCGUGUGCCGCGACUGCCUGCGGUUUAACAAGGAGUGUGUGUGGGUCGACCAGAGCAUGUCGGGCUCCGAGAUCCGGCGCCUUCGCAAAGAGGUGCAAGAAAAGGCCAAAGAGAGCAAGUUGCGCAGAAGACGCUCCAAGAAAGCCAAGCUGGAGGAGGUGGAAGGCGCAAGUGUGUUUCCACUGGAGGGAAUGGAGAAGGGACAUGAGAAGAACCGGGGUAAGAACCACGAGAGCAAGAACCUGGAGAACAAGAGCCUGGAGAACACGAUCCUGGAAAACAAGAGCCCGGAGAACAAUAUCCUGGUGAACGUAAUACUGCGGCAGAGCAUGUUUACAGUACCAGACAUCACUCCGCUUGGACAGGAGUAUACACAGCCUGUGGGCUUCCCCGACUUGGGACGAGGAAACAGUUCUGCCAUGGCUAGCACAGAAUUCUUGCCUCUGCCAAAAGCCGGUGCGUCGCCGCUCUUCCUGGCCCAUAAAGAUGUGUCGCCGCCUCCUCUCGAUGUGGACAGCUUUCGUUUUCUUCCGGAGGCCGAGUCGCCGACGCCGUUUCUCACGUUUUUGAAAGACCUCACUCUGCUCCACGAAAAGGACAGCACCGGUAGGCGAAACAAUGCCACGAGCGAAAAAUCGUCUGUUUACAGCGAUGGGCGCAAUGAAGAACCGGAAAACGGACAAGUUUCCGUGUCGCCAGAAACGGCGUUGGCCCGCAUGUCUCCGAAUUUCAGCGUCCCUGAGUUCUUGGAAAAUAUCCAUUUGCUUCGACAGCGGUCGCCGGCCGAACUCAACAACCUUGCAUCGAACUUCAAUGCGGCGUUUCUGCCCCGACCUCAGGCACACUUGUCCUUUUUGCCCGGCUUGGACGAUCUGGGCCAGUUCUUGUACAACUACUAUGUCAACACUCUUUCAGCCAAAGUCUCCAUUGCACCAACGAGCCAAGACGAGUCCAACUCAUACCAGAAAGUGUUUCUCCCGCUUGCACAGAAGGACGAUGGUGUGCUAUACGGCAUCUUGGCGUGGGCCGGCUUUCACUUGGGCGGGAAAUGGCUUUCCGAAGGCUCCAAGUAUGCAGAGAAGGCAGUCAAGCUUCUCACACAAGGCGUAGAUUUUGGCGGGUUGGCUUGUGUGGAAAACGACCGGAGAACCAUUCUCAAUAAGUUGGCGACGAUUCUAAUUCUUUGUGGUGCGGAGAUUUGCCGGGGAGAUGUCAAGUAUUGGUCGGUCUACUUGAACUGGGGAUGGAAGCUUCUCCGAGAUAACGGUGGGAUCUUGAAAUUCGACAAUAACAAGGAGGAGCACUGGCUCAUUUCAAAUUUUGCAUACCAUGAUCUCUUGGCUAGUUCUACAUCAGAGCGUGGCACAUAUUUUCCGAUCGACACAUAUAAUACCAUUUUCGCCGACCCUGAAGGUGUAUCGCGAGGUUUGUUGAAUCCAUUGCUUGGUGUAUCGAAAUCUUUAUUCAAGGUGAUUGGAGAAAUCAAUUCUUUGGCAUAUGAGAGCAAAAGGUCUCUUGACAUUUACUACAACCGUGGGUCUCCGAAAUCCAGCGAUCUCUGGUCUACGCCAAACAACGUCGCCCAAUCUCCCGAUCUUCCCAUGCAAAGUUCGUUUGGAGACACAGACUCGGAAAUCAGUGAACAUGCGAAAACGGGCCGCUUGCUUUGCUCGAUUCUAGAAAGAGCCCAGAAGCUCAAACAAGACAUUGAAACGGCCAAACCAGAAAUGGCAGAUAUAGUGAACUUGUCGGAUUCAGAUUUGGAACUUCAACUAACGUCGUUCGAAGCCUUCCAGCUAAGUUGCACGCUUUUCCUUCGCCAAUCUAUCAUGAAGUGCAAUCCUUCUUCGUUGGAGUCGCAGAUUCUUGUGAAUGAUCUUGUGAAAUGCUUAGAUAUACUAUUGGACUCACCCAUGGUGGCUACGCUUGUUUUUCCGAUUUUCAUGGCCGGCAUUCAUCUGGUUACCGAAGAUGAUCGCGAGGCAAUGAGAAUCCGUAUAGACAAGAUGAUGGCAACGUACGGACCAUGGAAUGUUGUGCGAGUAAAGUUCUUGGUGGAGAAAGUCUGGGAAGAAAACCCGGAAGGAGAUAAAGUAGUAGACUGGCAUGCGAUUCUCAAGAGCCUCGGAUGGGAUUUAAACUUUGCAUAA